CUUUCCUGGAGGCUAACAGCCGAGGAUAUGACAGCAGCAACUUACAGAGAAAUAAAAAUUGAAAAAUAAUAAUAAUGAAAAACUAAAACAAAAACAAAACAAAAAACAAACAAGCGCUGCUGAGUUUUUUUUUCUUUUCUUUUUUAAAAUCAAGUUCUGGUGUUUUGUUUUGCAAAGAUAUGUCGCCCUCACAGAGAGGCCGGUAUGGAUGCGAAGCGGCGCGUAACGCUAAAUGGAGGAUGGCAGCUCCUCCUAAUAUCCCCUUGUUGAAGCGUCCUGGUGGGAUACCCCAGCCGUGGCCCAUCCACCCCCACCCUACGGGACAGGUCCACAGGUCCCACUUCCUACCUCCUCCUCACCUGCCUCUGUUCCACACCCGCCACGCAGAGGAGAGCGCUGAGCGGCCUCAUCUGGUCACCAUCGUCCGCCCCUGUGGUCAGACUACACUGAGGAAGGUAACGGUGCUGUUGAACCGCAGGGGUGUGGUGUCCUUUGAGCAACUGCUAUUGGAUAUCUCGGAGGCGUUGGGGUUUCCUCGCUGGCACAGAGCCAGAGUCACACGCCUGUACACGACCCACGCCCGAGAGGUGAAAGGUGUGUGUGACUUUUUCCGAGGUGAGGUGGCCUUCCUGGCCCUGGGUAAGGCUCGUCCGGAGCUGAGCAGCGUGCAGGAGGCUCUGGAGGAGCUGUUUCCAGAACAUUCCCAUUACCAGGCUGAUGCGCUGCGGGCCUGGGAGAAAAGACUUAGUCCAGCACCAGACAAAGCCGCAAAGGCUGACAGCGGAUACAGUGAAGGGGCAGACAGCAGCGAGACAAACCAAGAGAUGCACCAGGACACAAAUACACAUGUCAAAAAUCGUACACACACACCUCACCACAUAGACACACAUCAGCCUGAAAAUUAUAACUCAGAUGUUCAGAGGUCUCAUAAAAAGAGUUCUUGCAGAAAACCGGCUCUACUUCCCAACCACCUGCAGAGACUGCAUGUGAAGGGCGGGGUCAGGGAGCGACAGCCUUCUAUCAUUGGUCCAUUUAAACAUGAGGGGGGUCUUAGAGAGGCAGACAUACCCUCUCCUACACUAUGUGAAAACUGCUUAGCAAUAAGAGUUAAACACCAGGGUCCAGAACGGAUCAACCCCCUAUCAGGGAGGGCCCCUCUUCCUCCUGUGUCGAAAAAGCAAAAAGGUAGUUUGCAUGCAGACCAAGAGGUGAGAAAGCUGGAUGUUCCCCUCAGCCCUCCUCCUCCUCAACCAGUCAACGGGAAUGAGGAGAAGAGUCUUGCACAGUUACAACUUUUAAAACCUCUUCCAGAUGUGGGUCCAGCACAGAAAGAUGCACAGCAGAGGAUGACCUUUGACCUCCCUCCAGACGGCAGUGACGUCACCCUGUCAGACAUCGAGCGUUGCUACGAAAUAGGGCGUGUGGUUGGAGACGGGAACUUUGCAGUGGUGCGAGAGUGCCGCCGCCGUGACAGCAGACAAAGUCUUGCCAUGAAGAUAGUCGAACGCUCCAAGCUGAUCGGCCGAGAGCACAUGAUGCAGAACGAGCUGAGCCUCCUGGGGAGCCUGUGCCACCCUCGCAUUGUGCGGCUGUUCGCGCACCACCACACCCGCACUCACUCCUACCUGGUGAUGGAGCUGGUGAGCGGGGGGGAUCUGUUUGAGGCCAUCAGUGAGAGGGGGAAGUUUACAGAGGCAGAGGCAGGACUGAUGGUGUCAGACAUGAGCGAAGCACUAAAUUACAUCCACUGCAAGAGCAUCGUCCACCGAGACCUCAAACCAGAAAACCUGCUGAUAGAGCGUGUGGCAGCUGGCAUCUGCAGGCUGAAGCUGGGAGACUUUGGUCUUGCUAUGGUUGUGACGGAACCAGUCUUCACUAUAUGUGGCACACCCACGUAUGUAGCCCCAGAGAUUCUGUGUGAGACAGGUUAUGGUGUAGCGGUGGAUGUAUGGGCUCUGGGUGUUAUCCUCUAUAUCCUGCUGUGUGGCUUCCCCCCGUUUCGCAGUCGGGAACGGGACCAGGAGGAGUUAUUCCAGCUAAUAAAACAGGGACAUCUCCACUUCCUGUCUCCAUACUGGGACCCCAUCUCAGAGGAAGCCAGAGGCCUUGUCAGAGCCCUGCUUCAGCCAGACCCCACAGUGAGGCUGACGGCAGAGCAGACCCUGCUGCAUCCCUGGGUGAAGGCUAUGGCUUCGGUUUGCAGACAGAGGGCGCUCACAGACAAAACUCAGAGGAACACCGCGGCAGAUGCUGGAGCAGAGCCAGAGAGAGUUCAGAGACCAGCUCAGACUAAUGCAGCAGAGACAGUGACAGACAAAAGACUGGGACACACUGGCAGCGAGGGAGAUAUCACACAAAAAGAGCUUAGCAGAACUGAUGAGAGAUGGUCUGAGAUGAACACAGGCAGAGAGCACGAUGAGGAUAAAACACCACAGCAACAAUCAAAUAAGACAAGUACAGCUCACAAAACGUCAGGUGACACACCUGGUCAGCAGAAACCAGAGUGCAUCUCUACAGAUUCUUGGCCGCCCAGCAGGGAACCCAGCGGGCGAGAAAUACAGGAUUCAUGUCCCAAGCUGUCAAACUGUGAACCAGGCAGCACAACCAGCCCAAGAGCUGAACUCAAUCAGCUCGGCGCCCCUGUGGCCCAAACCGAACUUUCAUCCCAGAUUAAGACACAAUUAAAACAAAACAGCCAACACCAGUCACCUCCAGCUUCACCACCUUCAGCCAACGCAGCUGAACAAACCACAGCAGGUCACUCAACACAACACCACCCAUCCUCCAGCCCAGCAGCUCCUUCGUCUCACUCUCCAUCGGCGGAGCCAUGACAAGCCGAACGUUCACACCACCACCAUCAUCCACCCACCCACUCAGUCCUGAACUCAUUGUCAAUCUCCUGCUUAAGCGUGUGAUUAGAUCAGGGCCAUCACUUUCAUUGUUCCAGACAACAGCACUGAUUUCUCGGCAGCUCAAUCCUUGAAUGACACACAGAUGACGUGAUGUACUCUCAUGGAGUUGAAUAGCAUCUGAUUGAUGUAGCUAGAUAAAUCUCAUAAAUGUGUGUAAUCCAUUUAUCCUGCAGUUGUAAAUUGAUCAUGCGACAUUGUGUAAUGACCGAGGUAUGAGUUCAUCAAGGAUUGUAAGAGGAGGAUGGGAAGUAGUGAAGCACUGGGAACUCUAGAGUUGAUCAAGUAGGAGUCAAUUUGGAUUUAAACACAUUUUCAGUUUCUUAUUACUUCUAAUGUUUUGGUGUAUUCAUGAAAAUUUCUUUUUGUUUUGGUUGACCAUCUGUUUUUCCCAGCCAACCAUGUCUCACGGCGAGGAUAUAUGAUAUUGUAGCUAUUUUUGACUGCUUCACCCAUCCUCCUUUUAUACUCCUAGAAGUCCAUUCCUAGAAGUCUGCCUUAGGAGAACUUUUCUAGCAACGAUGUUUACUAGAUGUUCAUUAACUAAAUGUAUCUCUAAGAAGAGCUUUUUAUUUUCGUCAUAGUUAAAGUUUGCCAUAUUCUUGCAUGCCAUCUUCCUGACAGUGUUUGUUCUACAAGUUUCAUAAACCUGACCUGACCUGUAACACACUGCUGCUUUCGCCAUGUGAUUGUAAAACUGUAACUGUGUGAUGACAAACAACCAGCGAAUUAGCAAUCUGUGG